UAUUUUCAAGGCUUAAAUAGCGUCCUCUUUUCGUUUAUUAACCGCGGGUCCGGAUUUUUUAUAGCCAAAAGUAGCGCAAGAACUACCUGCAAUUCAUUAUGGAGGAAAAUGAUCGUUCGAGUAGAAAUGCUGUUGGAGAUGUCGACUCCUUAUUGAAACAACUUGGCAAGACCUUCACUGAACAGCGAACCGAAAUCUCCAAUUUGGAACAUUCAUUACGAAUUUCCCAGGCCGAAGGAGCACAUCUUCGCAUAGAGUGUCACAAAUGGAAGAGUAGAUGCGACACGAUAACCAAAUUUUGCAUAUCCCAUAUCGGGUCGUUAGACACAUUACUCGAAAGUUAUGCAAAUACCGACACAAGUAACACGCUGUCAGAAGUUUCCCUCGCUCGCAGUUGCAAUGCUAUGUUGGUAGACCAAGUAACUGAUCCGAAAUCGGUUCCACCGAAUUGUAACAAAUCGCGCCAGAAUAUCAAAUCGUUUCAGUCGAAAGAAAAUAGAUCGCUGAGACGGAACGAUGAAAGUAACAAUAUUGAUGAAUUGGAAGGUGCAGACAAUGAGGAAAAUUUCGGCAGUUAUGACCAUAGUAGCGAUGAAGAGAUUGGCAGAACCGGUGAAUCAUAUGACGAAACUAAUGGACAAAGGGAAACAAGUGAUCAAGAAAGCUGCGUAUAUGUUGAGCAAAGUGACGUCGAAAUUGUCAGCGUAGUGGAUAGCGAUGACGAUAGUGAAAAUGAACCAGUAUCUGUGGAGCAAAGUGAAGCGAAUGAUGAUGCAAACUAUAAUUCAAGUAAUUCAGAUUCUGUUGAACAAAGGGUCACUGCUAACGAUUGUUCGACAGUGAUGAGCGAUGGUUCUAUAGUGCUACAGAAACAGUUAUCGCGAGAAUUGUUCUUAAAGCAGUAUUUAACAGCAUAUGCAGAUAAACCUUUCCAGUGUGAUCUUUGUAAAAGCGAAUUUCGGUCCAGACGAAACGUCGAACGUCAUAAGAAUAAUCGAGUUUGUAAAAUGGUUGCAACGGCCAUUACAAAUUCGAACAGAAAAACCGAUGCGAUUGACUAUGCAGACCAUAAGAAGCAACCGUUGCGAGGCCCUAUCACUUCGAAUAACAAUAAGCGAAAGACGGUAUUAAGUGGUGCUGGAGUCCAGCCACCGGCCAAAAUCAAACUCUGCAAAAUUGAAAAUUCAAAGCGUAAGAAACCAAUCCAUAUGAAAGGAGACCUGAAACCAAAACUGAUUUCAACUGACACCAGCGACUAUUUCGGUUCGAUGCAAUCAAAGUACCGGUCCCGUGCUCGACAGAAUCGACGUGCUAUCAAUUCAAAAAUCGGGCAAUUCAUUGUUACCGACGACGAUGCAUUUUGAAUGGCGAUGAUUCGUGUUUAUUUACCCUGGAGAAAUGGGGACAACAGUUGGAUUAAACGUGCCUUGACAUCAUUGAU